AUGCAUCUCUUUUCCAUAGCAGCUCAAGCAAAGUAUGGGGUUGGGGACAAUGAUGCAGCAGAGCGGUUUUGCAAGCGCGUCAUCGCACAACACAAGGGAGAUAAUCCCAAUGUGACAAUCGUUGAAGCGCUGCCAGCUUUUCAUGUCUAUCUGGACAUAAUUGGCGACAGGGGGGAAAAGGAGACUGCGCUUGAAUUAUGCUUGGAGCUCCUCUAUGAACUUGGCAUUGCGGUACCGAAAAGUGGAAAGAUGCUUCGGGCAAAAGUGUGGUGGACGUUGAAGCAGAUUGAACGUCGAUUGCCAACAGAAGAAUCCGUUAUAAAUAUGCCACAUGUUACGGAUCCUCUGGUCGUAUACAAGAUGGAACUCAUUCAGCAAACUUCAUCUCUGGCGUAUACUGCUAAGAAAACGUAUCUUUAUAUGCUCCUCUGCUGCGAGUCGGUCAAGCAUAUCGUUGAACAUGGGCUCACAGAUACUUCAGCAGCGUCGAUAGCUUCUUUCGCGAAUGUGCUCAUGCAUGUGUACAACGAUUUUAAGACUAGCCCACAACUUGCGGAGUUGGCUAUCCUUAUCGCGGAUCGUCAGCAAAGCAAGUUCAAUGAGACGCAACCAUUGAAUACAGCGAACAAUUUGGUAUUGGCCUGGGUUCGCCCGCUUUCAAGUCGCUUGAAGUAUCACCAGCGUGCCUAUAUGUCUGGCAUCGCAUCGGGCAAUGUGAACGGUGCAAUGGUUGGUAAAUGGUUCUGGUUUCAAAUCAGUUUGUUUGCAUGCCCCAUUAGUCUCCCUGAAUUGGAGGGCGAAGUUCGCGAAGGUGUCACCGAAAUGCACAAACUGGGACAGGGGUUCAUGGCCAGUACUGCUAGCAUUGUAUGGCAGUUGGUACUUAAUCUCAUCGGCAAGUCUGGAAAUCCAAAUACAAGCGUGUUGACUGGAGAAGCAAUUGACGAAAGAACUGAACUCUAUACACAGAAAAUGCCAUUGAAAGUCAUUAUUGGCCCGUGGAAGAGCAUGUCCCUUCUGUUCUUUGGAGAUUAUGAGGCUGCAGCCGAACAUGCAUUGCGAAGAGGAGACAAGUUCCCAAAGUUGGCAAUUGGUAUGAUAUAUGGCUUUGAAGCUGUUUUCAGAGCAGUACCGCUCUUCAUCAUGGCCCGUUUAGACGAUGCUCAGAAAGCUAAAUACAAAAAAGAAGCAUUGAAACUGCUCAAAAGAAUCAGAACCUGGGUAAAGAAAGGGUGCAAAAAUCUGGUUGGGCCACACCAACUCAUCGAGGCGGAGUUGAUGGCGUCGCAGAAGAAUGCAAAAUGGGCUCGAUCAUACUUUGAGAUGGCAAUACUGAUUUGCCGAAAAGACAAUUUUCAUCAGUUUUCAGGCCUGUCUUGCGAACUUUACUCCGAUUACUUGUCUGAGAUUGGCGAUUUCAAAGGGUCGAAGAUACAAUUUCAGGAUGCCAUCGAUGAUUACAGCCGGUGGGGAGCAACGAGAAAGGUCGAUUUCCUCAAGCACAAACUCGCGCUUAUCGGUUAG